CUUCCUGUUCAGGUCCUCAGUGCCCAAGUCCGCAGACCCGGUGUUCGAAAGUUCCUGGAAGUGGCCGGGCCGCAGGCUUUGGGUGCUGUACCGGGAGAAAUGGCUAGGGCCGCCGUCUUCCCGGCUGUGGCGCGGGUGGAGCCGACUGUACCGCCCCUGGGCGCCCCUCUCUGUUCUUAACUCUGUGUUCUCCAGUCUUCGGUAACAUCACGGCUUCGUAUGAUACUUGCUCUGUCCAGGCGCCACCUAGUGUCUCCUCUGUUCAGCAUGACGACAUUCAGCCGCUCCUACAGAGGGGAGAGCCCGACAGAUUCCCAGAAAGACAUGAUUGAAAUCCCUUUGCCUCCAUGGCAGGAGCGAACUGAUGAGUCCUUAGAAACCAAAAGGGCCCGCCUCCUUUAUGAGAGCCGAAAGAGGGGAACGCUGGAAAACUGCAUUCUGCUAAGCCUCUUUGCUAAAGAGCAUCUGCAUCACAUGACAGAAGAACAGCUGAAUCUCUAUGAUCGCCUGAUUAAUGAGCCCAGUAAUGACUGGGAUAUUUACUACUGGGCUACAGAAGCAAAACCAGCCCCAGAAGUAUUUGAGAAUGAAGUUAUGGCACUGCUGAAAGACUUUGCUAAAAACAGAAACAAAGAACAGCGACUACGGGCCCCAGAUCUUGAAUACCUCUUUGAAAAGCCACGUUGAGCCGUGCAUCGCUGUCUGCCACAGAGCCCAGUUGGGAUAGGUGCCAGCCUUGACUUCCUUGCUUCUCUUAGACAUGCAGCCCCCCAGAGCAUGUGUCCUCCCUCUGAGGACGAGUCCUCCUCUCUGUCAAGACAUAUAAAUGUUCAGUAGGACUCAUUCUAACACUUUUGUUCCAUUCUAAGCCUCAGAAGCAGCCUGUCGGUGUCGUCGGUGCUCUCUGCCACAAGAGGGCGCUGUAGGGAAAGCCACUGUGCUAGCCCAUUGCUUCAGCCAGAGUGUUCAGCGAAGAGGCGGCCAGCUGCAGGCGCUGUACAGCCUCACUGGGCUUUAUGCAAGGGAAAUUUGUCCUCUCCAACCCAGGAAGGCCCUUUCUGCCAAGGCAAGCUGGUGCAGGCUCCCCCCCAGCUGAAUCCUUCAAAGGCACCGCAGGCACAAUGAGGGCAGCUGACAGGAAGGUGUGGGCAGGCUGCCUAAGUGCCUGUAUCCUCCUCAGAUUUUUCUCUUAAAACGUUCACUUUGAAAACGGAAAGAUAAUUGAAUACUAAAGAAUAUUUUUAAAAGGAAAAUCACAAUUCCUCAACCCUCAAACAACUAUUUUAAUUGUCUAGUAUAAUCCGCAGUCAUGUGUUUCUAGAGUUUUACCAGGUCAUAGUCAUAGUUUAUUUCCAUGUAAAUAUAAGGACAUUUCCAUGUAAAAUACAAAAAACUAGAGCGAA